CAGUGAUUGGUUUACACAUUUCAGUUUUCGGUUGUAAAAUGCUGUCUGUUGGUGAGAUUAAGCAGUGAACAUUAUUUUGACUUAUUAAAGAUUUAAGCAGUGUCCAGGCUGGCAAUGGUUGACCCAUUUUCCUGACACACACACACACACACCUGUCUCUCAUCAUCAUCCUGAUUGCGACUCAUCAGCGACCUGCCUUUAAAGCCCCUGGGUUCUCCACACCUGUCUUCACAGAACAAUAGGUGUCAGUCAGUGAGUAGGUGGAGUAACUUGCAGGGAUCAAAGGGUCACAUCCAGGUCGCUACAGUAUAUGCAGUCUCCUUAGCGACGGCCAAACUUUGCGUUGCCAUGGCAGCGGGGAACACACAAUCAGUUCAACUCUGAACAGCAGCAGCAGCAUGGAGGAAUCUGCUGCUGAGGAGAAACAAGACAAAAGGGUGGAUUUUAUAGGCGAGUGCGUGCUGAAGGCUCUGAGGGUGAAGAAGGACGUUUGGCAGAAGUGCGUGUCCAGUGAUGACAACAGGCAGCACGUGCAGGAGUUCCUGGACAGAGUGGCGAAGAGGACGCUGGUGUUUUCUGUGGCCCCCGACGGACUCCUGCAGGCCGCGGACUCCUUCGCCGCCGCCUCCGCGUCCAGGGGCAGGACAGUGAACUUUGUGAAGCGGAGCGACGCAGCGCUGACUGUGGACUCCAUGAAGGAUGAGCUGAACAUGUGGAGCUGCUCCGCUGCUGCUCCACAGCUGCUGUGUGCUGUGGACAAGGUGUUGGCCCCGCUGCUCUCCAGCAUGAAGACGGACCACGUCGACAUGCCAAAGGCGGUGAACAAGGAUUUCUUACACCACGUCCACUCACUGAAGAGCAGCGUGUUUGUGGUGUCGGGCCAAGUCCAAGGCCGGACCCUGCUGCCGCUACCCGCUGGCUCCGAGAGAGUGGAGGCAGUUGCCCCAGAGACGGACAAAAGCACGGGAGCAGUGGACAGUGGCCUCAUCUACGCCUUGGAGUCUGCGGUGAUCGAGUGGAGCCAUCAGAUCUGUGCCGUCCUGAAGAAGGACUCCUCCGAGGCUCUGCUGGGAGGCCCGAACCCCACACCUCACACUGAGCUGCUCUUCUGGAAGAACAGAUAUGCAGAUCUGGAGGGUCUCCGCUCCCAGUUAACCUCCUCAAAGGCGACUCAGAUGGCGACACUGUUGGAAGCCGUGGAGAGCUGUUAUUCCCCUGCGUUAACAAACAUGCGGCAGGACGUUCUUGCAGCGCUGAUGGAGGCAGAGGACAUCUGCGCCUACCUGAAGCCUCUGCAGCGCUGGUUUGAGGACAUGGAGAGCGCAGAGUUCCCCGAGAUCAGGCGUCAAAUCGGGCCUCUGAUGCACAUGAUGUGUCUGGUGUGGGCCAACUCCAGGUACUACGACGACCCGGCACGACUCAUCGUCCUGCUGCAGGAGACCUGCAACUUCCUCAUACAGCAGGCGCAGGUCUACCUAGUUCCAGAGGAGCUUCUGAGAGGAGAAGUUCCAGAGAGUCUCUUGAAGGUGAAGACCAGCCUCAAGGUCCUGCAUCUCUUCAGGAGCACCUACGAGGACCGCAGGGCAAACCUGAGCCAGUACCAGAGGGGCGAGCGCUUGGUUAAGCCCUGGGACUUUUCCCCACAUUUGGUGUUCGGUAGAUUUGACAGCUUUGUGAAUAGAAUUGAGACCAUAAAGGAUGUCCUGUUAACAGCUGUGGACCUGCUGAAGCUCGAGAAAGUGGUGAUUGGAGGGGUCAGGGGUCGAGCCCUCAGCCAUCAGGUCCAGCAGAUCUAUGAGGAGUUUGUUGAUUUGUACAAAGUCUUCACAGAGAAGCCACACGACUGCUUGGACCUGGACAACAGGGAGUUUGAAGAAGAUGUGAGGGAGUUGAAACGGAGGGUAGACGACAUCGAGCGGCGUCUGGGAGCCAUCUUUUGUCAGGCCUUUGAUGGUUCCUCUGGACUGGACUGUGCCUUCAAGGUUCUGGACAUGUUUGGGAGCCUGCUGGAACGCAGCUUAGUGGCGGCAGAUGCUCUGGAGCGAUACCCUCUCCUCGUCGCUACGUUUGACAAGGAGCUGGAUGACUGUAAAGUCAUCUGCAACAGACACGUGCGGCUCACAGAGGAGCUGGGUUCAUCUCCCGUGAGUAAGAACAUGCCACCGGUGGCCGGAGGACUGCGCUGGGUCCAGGAGCUCCACAAACGCAUCCAGACUCCCUUCAACAAAUUCAGACACGUCCCGUACCCGUGUCUGCAGUCGACGGAAGGAGCCAAGGUCAUUGAGAAGCACGAGGAGAUGAUGCAACUGUUGGACAGGUUUUCCGGUAGCCUGUAUGAGACAUGGACGGAGACGGUGGGCGAGAGCUCUCAGUACAACCUCAGCCUGCCGUUAAUCAGCAGAGACGCGGCCACUCGGCUGAUCUCGGUCAACUUCAGCCCGCAGCUGAGGUCAGUGCUGAGGGAAGUGAAGUACCUGUUGGACAACCAGACGGAGGCCGUCCCUGAACCCGCGAUGCAGAUCUACACCAUGAGGGAGCAGAUGUUGCAGUAUGUGGCCAACCUGGAGCUCACAGUGGGACGAUACAACAAGGUGAUGCAGACUGUGCUGGACGUGGAGCGUCCUCUGGUGCAGGGACGCCUCGGGGACAUCGAUGCUCGGCUCAGGAAAGCAGAGGAGACUCUGAACUGGAACAGCCAAGAUAUUUGGCAGUAUAUCCAGGAGAUUCGGGACUCCGUGUGUGACCUGGAGAGUCAACUCCAGAGGACCAAGGACAAUGUGGAGGAGAUCCAGAGCUGCUUAAUGUCCUGGGUGAACCCCAUGUAUGACAGGAAGGAGGACAAGAAAGACGCUCUGCUCAGUCUGGAGGACAGGGCCGAGCGGGUGAACAGGUUUAACAGUCUGAUUUGCUCCUCGGGGGAAAAGAUCCACUUCUUGCUGAAGAGCAAUCUGCAGGUUUUCGGAGCCAAGUCGUCCUCUGAGGAGUGGAAGGCCUACGUGGAGUAUGUCGAUGACAUGGUCCUGGACGGAUUCUUCAACAGCAUCGAGUGCUCGCUCAGGUUCAUCCUGGAAAACACAGAUGAUAAAGCUGGUGUGGCCCCUCUUUUUGAGGCUCAGCUGGGUCUGAUGGUUCCCGACAUGGUGUUCACUCCCUCCAUGGAUUUUGGGGCUGGAGACGGUUUCUUCGAGCUGGUGGAAACAGUCAUCGAUGAUGUGUUCAGAAUCUCCUUGCUGGUGCCACGUCUGGCCCAGCACAACCCACUUCCUCACUACCAGGCUGACAUGGAGGACAUGGCCGAUCUGGCCAACAUGCGUGGUCUCCUCAUGGAACGUGUCCAGGGCGUCAUGGCAACAUGCUGCGAGUUCCGGAACUCUCUGGAGCGCUACAGCUACCUGUACGUGGACGACAGGAAAGAGUUCAUGCAUCAGUUCCUCCUUUAUGGCCAUGUUCUCACCAGCCAGGAGAUGGAGGCUUACGCAGACGGUGGAGUUCCAGAGACUCCGCCAACACUGGACAACUUUAAGGAGCAGAUAGACACGUACGAGAAGCUCUACAACGAGGUCCAGGGUCUAAAGCCCGUGCACGUGUUCCACAGUUGGAUGAGGGUUGACGGCCGUGGCGUGAAGGUCGCGUUGCUCAGUGUCAUCAAAAAGUGGAGCUUCAUGUUCAAACAGCACCUUAUUAACCACGUAACCAACAGUCUGUCCGAUCUGGAAAAGUUCAUCAGUGUGACGGACGCUGGCCUGUGCCAGCGAGUGGAGGAGGGCGACUACGGUGGCCUGGUGGGGGUCAUGGGUCACCUGAUGGCCGUAAAGGAACGACACAUUGGCACAGACGCCAUGUUUGAGCCCCUGCAGCAAACCAUCGGUCUGCUGAAGGUGUACGAGCAGGAGCUGCCUGACGUGGUCCACAAACAGUUAGAGGAAUUGCCAGAAAAGUGGAACAAUGUGAAAAAACUGGCGGUGCUAGUCAAGCAGCAGGUGGCGCCACUGCAGGCCAUCGAGGUGACGGGCCUGCGUCGCAAAUGUGCUUCCUUCGACGUGGAGCAGCACACCUUCAGGGAGCACUUCCGCAGCAAUGGGCCCUUCAGGUUUGACAGCAGCAACCCCUACCAGAUGUUGGACGCGUUCCACUGGCAGAUCCAGGAGCGGGAGGCGGUGAUGGCCUCCCUGGUGGGUUCUGCCAGUCUGUUUGAGGUCACGGUCUCCGAGUUCAAACAGCUCCGACAAUGCAGGCGAGAGGUGGGCCUCCUGAAGGAGCUGUGGGACAUGAACGUCAUAGUGGAGUCGAGCAUGGCCGCGUGGAAGAAGACUCCCUGGAGACAGAUCCAGGUGGAGGACAUGGAGCUGGAGUGCAAACGCUUCUCUAAGGAUAUUAGAGGCCUGGAUAAAGAAGUGAGAGCGUGGGACGCCUACGCAGGUUUGGACAGCAGAGUAAAGAACCUCCUGGUCUCACUGCGGGCCGUGGCAGAACUCCAGAACCCGGCCAUACGAGAGCGACACUGGUACCAGCUCAUGACUGCCACGGGAGUCCGCUGCACCAUGGACCAGGAGACGACGCUGGCCGACCUGCUGCAGCUCAACCUGCACUGCUUUGAAGACGAGGUGAGGGGGAUCGUGGAUAAAGCUGUGAAAGAGAUGGCGAUGGAGAAAGUUCUGUCUGAGCUCAACUCCACGUGGUCAGGUAUGCAGUUCCAGUACGAGCCCCACCACCGCACCCAGGUGCCUCUGCUGCGCACCGACGAGGAGCUGGUGGAGACGCUGGAGGACAACCAGGUGCAGCUGCAGAACCUCAUGUCAUCCAAGUACAUCGCGUACUUCCUGGACGAGGUGUCGUCGUGGCAGGGCAAGCUGUCCAUGGCCGACUCCGUCAUCUCCAUCUGGUUCGAGGUGCAGCGGACGUGGAUGCACCUGGAGAGCAUCUUCAUUGGCUCCGAGGACAUUCGCUCGCAGCUGCCCGAGGACUCCAGGCGCUUCGAGGGGAUUGAUGCGGAUUUCAAAGAGCUGGCAAACGCCGUGCAUCAGACGCCCAACGUAGUGGAGGCCACCAAUAAACCGGGGCUGUUUGCUAAACUGGAGGACAUGCAGGGCAGGUUGUCUCUGUGUGAGAAGGCUCUGGCAGAAUAUCUGGACACCAAGCGCUUGGCCUUCCCCAGGUUCUACUUCAUCUCCUCAGCUGAUCUGCUCGACAUUCUCUCUUACGGGACCAACCCACACCAGGUCCAGAAGCAUCUGUCUAAACUGUUUGACAACACGGCAAAGAUGCAAUUCAAAGCCGACGGAGAGGGGAACCCUUCCAAGACGGGACUGGGCAUGUACAGCAAAGAGGACGAGUACGUCGCCUUCGAUCAGCCGUGUGACUGCUCUGGACAGGUGGAGGUGUGGCUGAACCACGUGCUCGACGCCAUGCGCUCCACGGUUCGCCACGAGAUGACCGAGGCGGUGACGGCGUACGACGAUAAACCUAGAGAGCAGUGGCUGUUCGACUAUCCCGCUCAGGUGGCACUGACCUGCACGCAGAUCUGGUGGACGUUUGACGUGGGCAUGGCCUUCGCUCACCUGGAGGAGGGCUACGACAACGCCAUGAAGGACUACUACAAGAAGCAGGUGACCCAGCUCAACACCCUCAUCUCCAUGCUGGUGGGCCAGCUCACGCCGGGUGACAGGCAGAAGGUCAUGACCAUCUGCACCAUCGACGUUCACGCCAGAGACGUGGUGGCCAAGAUGAUUGAGCAGAAGGUGGACAACUCUCAGGCCUUCGUGUGGCUGUCUCAGCUGCGACACCGCUGGGGCGAGAAGGAGAAGCACUGUUUCGCCAACAUUUGCGAUGCACAGUUCAUCUACUCCUACGAAUACCUGGGCAACACGCCGCGAUUAGUCAUCACUCCUCUGACGGACAGAUGCUACAUCACGCUGACGCAGUCGCUUCACCUGACCAUGAGCGGCGCCCCCGCGGGUCCCGCCGGCACAGGCAAGACGGAGACGACCAAAGACCUGGGCCGAGCCCUCGGCAUCAUGGUCUAUGUCUUCAACUGCUCCGAGCAGAUGGACUACAAGUCCUGCGGGAACAUCUACAAAGGUCUGGCUCAGACGGGGGCCUGGGGCUGCUUCGACGAGUUCAACAGGAUCUCAGUGGAGGUGCUGUCUGUCGUGGCUGUGCAGGUCAAAAGUAUCCAGGACGCCAUUCGAGACAAGAAGCAGAGGUUUAACUUCAUGGGAGAGGAGGUGAAACUGUGCCCGUCUGUUGGUAUCUUCAUCACCAUGAAUCCAGGCUAUGCCGGCAGAACCGAGCUUCCCGAGAACCUCAAGGCUCUGUUCAGACCGUGUGCCAUGGUGGUGCCAGACUUUGAGCUGAUCUGUGAAAUCAUGCUGGUAGCUGAGGGCUUCAUUAACGCCCGAGUGCUGGCUCGAAAGUUUAUCACGCUCUACACGCUGUGUAAAGAGCUGUUGUCCAAACAGGACCACUACGACUGGGGCCUCAGGGCUAUCAAGUCCGUCCUGGUGGUGGCCGGCUCUCUGAAGAGAGGGGACCCCGAGCGAGCGGAGGACCAGGUGCUGAUGCGGGCACUGCGGGACUUCAACAUCCCCAAGAUCGUGACAGACGACAUGCCCGUCUUCAUGGGCCUUAUCGGGGACCUGUUCCCUGCCCUGGACGUCCCCAGGAAGAGGGACAUGGACUUUGAGAAGCACGUCAAGCAGUCUGUUCUGGACCUGAAGUUACAGGCCGAGGACAACUUCAUACUGAAGGUGGUGCAGCUGGAGGAGCUGCUGGCUGUGCGUCACUCUGUGUUCGUGAUCGGGAACGCUGGCACCGGGAAGAGUCAGGUGAUGAGGUCGCUGCAGCGGACCUACCAGAACAUGAAGCGCAAGCCGGUGUGGGCCGACCUCAAUCCGAAGGCGGUGACCAACGAUGAGCUCUUCGGCAUCAUCAACCCGGCGACCCGAGAGUGGAAAGACGGCCUUUUCUCCCACAUCAUGCGUGAACUAGCCAAUGUCACUCACAGCGGGCCCAAGUGGAUCGUCCUGGAUGGGGACAUUGACCCAAUGUGGAUUGAGUCACUCAACACAGUCAUGGAUGACAACAAGGUGCUGACUCUGGCCAGUAACGAGCGAAUCCCCCUGAACCUGACCAUGAGGCUGGUGUUUGAGAUCAGUCACCUCCGCACCGCGACCCCUGCUACAGUAUCCAGAGCUGGAAUCCUGUACAUUAACCCCGCAGACCUCGGCUGGAGUCCACCAGUGUUCAGCUGGAUCGACAAGAGGGACGUCCAGUCAGAGAAGACCAACCUGACGCUGCUGUUUGACAAGUAUCUCCCCCCGUGUUUGGACGUCGCCAGGUCCAGGUUCAAAAAAAUCAUCCCCAUCCCCGAGCAGAGUCUGGUGCAGACGCUGUGCUACCUGCUCGAGUGUCUCCUGACUCCGGAGAGCACGCCGCCCGACUGUGCCAAGGAACUUUAUGAGCUCUAUUUCGUCUUUGCUGCGGUCUGGGCCUUUGGGGGAGCCUUGUUCCAGGACCAGCUGGUGGACUACAGAGUGGAGUUCAGCAAGUGGUGGGUGGCCGAGUUCAAAAGUGUCAAGUUCCCCGCGCAGGGAACCGUCUUCGAUUACUACAUCGACCCCGAGAGCAAGAAGUUUGAACCCUGGUCCAAGAUGGUGCCCAAGUUUGAGAUGGACGCGGACGCGCCGCUGCAGGCUUGUUUGGUUCACACCACAGAGACCAUCAGAGUGCGUUACUUCAUGGACCGCCUCCUGGAAAACUGCCGGCCAGUCAUGUUGGUCGGGAACGCCGGGACGGGGAAGUCCGUCCUGGUCGGGGACAAACUGGGAUCGCUGGACGCCGAGAAGUACAUGAUUAAAAACGUGCCUUUCAACUACUACACCACGUCUGCCAUGCUCCAAGCCAUACUUGAGAAGCCUCUGGAGAAGAAGGCGGGGCGUAACUACGGACCUCCGGGCAGCAGACGGCUCGUCUACUUCAUCGACGACAUGAACAUGCCCGAGGUGGACGCGUACGGCACCGUGCAGCCUCACACGCUCAUACGCCAACACAUGGACUACAACCACUGGUACGACCGCAAUAAACUGCUUUUGAAGGAGAUACACAACGUUCAGUACGUGUCCUGCAUGAACCCCACAGCUGGAAGCUUCACCAUCAAUCCACGACUGCAGCGCCACUUCUCGGUCUUCGCACUGUCGUUUCCCGGAGCCGACGCCCUCACCACCAUCUACACCUCCAUCCUGUUGCAGCACCUCAAAGGCGAGGGCUUCGCCGGCGCACUGCAGAAGAGCUGCCCCACCGUGGUGCAGCUUGCGCUGGCGCUGCACCAACGCAUCUCCUCCACAUUCCUCCCCACAGCCGUCAAGUUCCACUACAUCUUCAACCUGCGAGACCUCUCCAACAUCUUCCAGGGCAUCCUCUUCUGUACCAGCGAGUGUCUGGAAGCCCCCACGGACCUGCUGAAAAUCUACCUGCACGAGUGCAACCGCGUCUACAGAGACAAGCUGGUGGAGGAGCAGGACUUCCAGGUCUUUGAUAAGCUGCAGGCAGACACGGUGAAAAAGUUCUACGAGGACGUGGACGAGACUCUGGAGCAGACCAGGGACAUGAACGUGUACUGCCACUUCGCCCGUGGCAUCGGGGAGUCCAGGUACAUGUCGGCAGAGUCCUGGAGCAGCCUGAACUCAACCCUGCUGGAGGCGCUGGACGGCUACAACGAGGUCAACGCCACGCUCAGCCUGGUGCUGUUUGAGGACGCCAUGGCCCACAUCUGCCGUAUAAACCGGAUCCUGGAGUCCCCGCGGGGGAACGCGCUGCUGGUGGGAGUGGGCGGCAGCGGCAAGCAGAGUCUGACCCGUCUGGCUGCCUUCAUCGCCAACCUGGAGGUUUUCCAGAUCACCUUGAGGAAAGGUUACAGCAUCGCUGACCUGAAGACUGACCUGGCAUCGCUCUACAUCAAAGCUGGCGUGAAGAAUAUUGGCACUGUGUUCCUGAUGACUGAUGGCCAAGUGGCAGACGAGAAGUUCCUCGUUCUGGUCAACGAUCUGCUGGCGUCGGGCGAGAUUCCCGACCUGUUCCCAGACGACGAGGUGGAGAGCAUCAUCGGCGGCGUGAGGCCAGAGGUCCGCGCCUCGGGAAUGAUGGACACCAGGGAGAACUGCUGGAAGUUCUUCAUUGACCGUGUUCGCCGGCAACUCAAGGUGGCUCUGUGUUUCUCUCCGGUCGGUAGUAAACUGAGGGUCCGCAGCAGGAAGUUCCCCGCGGUGGUCAACUGCACCGCCAUUGACUGGUUCCACGAGUGGCCACAGGAGGCACUGGAGUCGGUCAGCUACAGGUUCCUCCAGGAGGUGGAGAAUAUAGAACCCGAGGUGAAGCAGUCGGUGAGCAAAUUCAUGGCGUACGUGCACACAAGCGUCAAUCACACUUCCAGGGAGUAUCUGGCCAACGAGCGGCGCUACAACUACACCACGCCCAAGUCCUUCCUCGAGCAGAUCAAGCUCUACGGCAGCCUGCUGAGUCAGAAGAGCAAAGACCUCACCAACAAAAGUGAGCGGCUGGAGAACGGCCUGCAGAAGCUCAACAGCACCUCGACUCAGGUGGACGACCUGAAGGCCAAGCUGGCCGCCCAGGAAGUGGAACUCACGCAGAAGAACGAAGACGCCGACAAACUGAUUCAGGUGGUGGGUGUAGAGACCGAGAAGGUGUCCAAGGAGAAGGCAGUGGCUGAUGAGGAGGAGCAAAAGGUGGCGGCCAUCGCUGUGACGGUCAGCGCCAAGCAGAGAGACUGCGAGGAGGACUUGGCCAAAGCUGAGCCGGCUCUCUUAGCUGCUCAAGAUGCCCUUAACACUCUUAAUAAGAACAACCUGACGGAGCUGAAGUCAUUCGGCUCGCCCGUGACGGCGGUGACCAACGUCACUGCGGCCGUCAUGGUCCUGAUGGCGCCGCGCGGGAAAGUCCCUAAGGACCGCAGCUGGAAGGCGGCGAAGGUGAUGAUGGCCAAGGUGGACGCGUUCCUGGACGCACUCGUCAACUUCGACAAAGAGAACAUCCCGGAAGCUUGUCUCAAGGCCAUUCAGCCUUACCUGCAGGAUCCAGAGUUCAAACCUGACCUCAUCGCGUCCAAGUCUUUGGCGGCGGGGGGUCUGUGCUCCUGGGUCUUGAACAUCGUCACGUUCUACGAGGUUUUCUGCGAGGUGGAGCCCAAACGUCAGGCUCUGAAGAAGGCCAACGCAGAGCUGGCGGCCGCGCAGGAGCACCUCGCUGCCAUCAAGGGCAAAAUUAAGCACCUGGACGAGAACCUGGCCAAGCUGACGGCCAAGUUUGAGAAAGCCAAAGCGGAGAAGCACAAGUGCCAACAGGAAGCGGAAUCGACCGCACGCACCAUUUCUUUGGCCAAUCGCCUGGUGGGAGGUCUGGCGUCGGAGAACGUCCGCUGGGCGGAGGCCGUGGGCAAUUUCAAGAAGCGGGAGAGGAACCUGUGCGGAGACGUCCUCCUCAUCACCGCCUUCAUCUCCUACCUGGGCUACUUCACCAAACAGUACCGGCUGCAGCUGAUGGACGACACCUGGAGGCCGUACCUCAGUCAGCUGCAGGUUCCCAUCCCGGUGACCCCUGACCUGGACCCUCUGAGCAUGCUGACGGACGACGCGGACAUCGCGGCGUGGCAGAACGAGGGCCUGCCCGCCGACCACAUGUCCACCGAGAACGCCACCAUCCUCACGUCCUGCCAGCGCUGGCCGCUCAUGGUGGACCCGCAGCUGCAGGGCGUCAAGUGGAUCAAGAACAAGUACGGCGAGAGCCUGCGCGUGAUCCGCAUCGGACAGAGAGGGUACUUGGAUGCCAUUGAGAGAGCUCUGUCCUCAGGCGACGUGGUUCUGAUUGAGAACCUGGAGGAGACGCUGGAUCCAGUUCUGGGACCUCUGCUGGGCAGAGAGACCAUUAAGAAGGGCAGGUACAUAAAGAUCGGAGACAAGGAGUGCGAGUACAACCCCAGCUUCCGCCUCAUCCUGCACUCCAAGCUCGCCAACCCUCACUACCAGCCGGAGCUGCAGGCCCAGUGCACGCUGAUAAACUUCACUGUGACCAGAGACGGCCUGGAGGAGCAGCUGUUGGCCGCCGUGGUGAGCAUGGAGAGACCUGACCUGGAGGAGCUGAAGUCCGACCUGACGAAGCAGCAGAACAGCUUCAAGAUCACCCUGAAAACGCUGGAGGACAACCUGCUCUCACGCUUGUCCUCUGCUUCUGGAAACUUCCUGGGUGACACGGAACUGGUGGAAAACCUGGAGACAACGAAGCGCACGGCCGCCGAGAUCGAAGAGAAGGUGAAGGAAGCCAAGGUGACGGAGGCCAAAAUCAACGAGGCUCGCGAACACUACCGACCGGCGGCGGCGCGCGCUUCCUUAUUGUACUUCAUAAUGAACGACCUCAAUAAAAUCCACCCCAUGUACCAGUUCUCUCUGAAGGCGUUCAGCGUCGUCUUCCAGAAGGCGGUGUCCAAGGCCGAGCCAGACGAGGCUCUGAAGCAGCGGGUGUCCAACCUAAUUGACAGCAUCACGUCCUCGGUCUUCCAGUACACCACCAGAGGCCUGUUCGAGUGUGACAAGCUCACGUACAUCGCUCAGCUCGCCUUCCAGAUUCUCCUCAUGAAUAAAGAAAUAAACCCCGAAGAGCUGGACUUCCUUCUGAGAUACCCUGUCCUACCAGGUGUGACAUCACCUGUGGACUUCCUCUCACAUCACUCUUGGGGAGGAAUCAAGGCGCUGUCAUCCAUGGAAGAGUUUAGAAACCUGGACAAAGACAUCGAAGGUUCGGCCAAACUGUGGAAGAAAUUUGUGGAGUGUGGGUGUCCGGAGAGAGAGAAAUUCCCCCAGGAGUGGAAGAACAAGACCUCGCUGCAGAAGCUGUGCAUGAUGAGGGCCCUGAGACCCGACCGCAUGACGUACGCCAUCAGAGACUUUGUAGAGGAGAAGCUGGGAAGCAAGUACGUGAUUGGCAGAUCCCUGGACUUCGCCGUCUCCUUUGAAGAGUCCGGUCCUGCUACGCCCAUGUUCUUCAUCCUCUCUCCCGGAGUUGACCCUUUGAAGGAUGUGGAGAAACACGGAAAGAAGCUGGGCUUCACGUUCGACAACAAGAACUUCCACAAUGUUUCUCUGGGUCAAGGUCAGGAGGUCGUCGCCGAGCAGGCCCUCACUUUGGCAGCAGAGAACGGCCACUGGGUCAUUUUACAGAACAUCCACCUGGUGGCGCGCUGGCUAGGCACCUUGGAGAAGCUCCUGGAGCAGAACGCCGAGGGGAGCCACGAGAACUUCCGGGUGUUCGUCAGCGCCGAGCCGUCCUCCACGCCCGAGGGCCACAUCAUCCCGCAGGGGAUCCUGGAGAACUCCAUCAAGAUCACCAACGAGCCGCCCACCGGCAUGCACGCCAACCUGCACAAGGCCCUGGACAACUUCAACCAGGACACACUGGAAAUGUGCGCCAAGGAGUCGGAGUUCAAGAGUAUUCUCUUUGCUCUGUGCUACUUCCACGCAGUCGUGGCAGAGCGGAGGAAGUUCGGUCCUCAGGGCUGGAACAGGUCGUACCCGUUCAACACGGGAGACCUCACCAUUUCCAUCUACGUCCUCUACAACUACCUGGAGGCCAAUCCCAAGGUGCCGUAUGACGACCUGCGCUACUUGUUUGGCGAGAUCAUGUACGGAGGUCACAUCACAGACGACUGGGACCGACGUCUGUGUCGCACCUACCUGGAGGAGUUCAUCCAGCCCGAGAUGAUGGAGGGGGAGCUGUUCCUCGCCCCCGGGUUCUCCGUGCCGGGAAACCUGGACUACGACGGCUACCACCAGUACAUCGAUGACUCUCUACCCGCUGAGUCACCGUACCUGUAUGGCCUCCACCCCAACGCCGAGAUCGGGUUCCUCACGCAGACAUCGGAGACGUUGUUCCGCACCGUCCUCGAGCUGCAGCCCAGAGACGGAGGAGCAGGUGAGGGAGGCGGGACCACGCGCGAGGAGAAGGUGCGUGCCGUGUUAGAGGAGAUCAUGGAGAAACUACCGGAGGAGUUCAACAUGGCCGAACUGCUGGCCAAAGCGGAGGAGAGGACUCCGUACCAGGUGGUGGCGCUGCAGGAGUGUGAGCGCAUGAACGUCCUCACACAGGAGAUCAGACGCUCGCUCCGGGAACUCAGCCUGGGACUGAAGGGAGAAUUAACAAUGACCAGCGACAUGGAGAACCUUCACAAUGCCAUUUUCCUGGACAUGGUGCCCGACAACUGGACCAAGCGGGCGUACCCCUCCAUGUCCAGCUUGGCUCUGUGGUUCACUGACCUCCUCGUCCGGAUCAAGGAGCUGGAAUCCUGGUCCACAGACUUCAGCUUACCUUCAGUGGUGUGGCUCGCGGGCUUCUUCAACCCGCAGUCCUUCCUCACCGCCAUCAUGCAGGCGAUGGCUCGCAGGAAUGAGUGGCCUCUGGACAGCAUGGUCCUUCAGUGUGAUGUCACCAAGAAGAACCGCGAAGACUUCAGUUCUCCUCCACGUGAAGGGGCGUACGUACACGGGCUGUACAUGGAGGGCGCACGCUGGGACACCCAGUCCGGCUUAAUUGUGGACGCACGUCUCAAAGAGCUCACCCCGUCCGUGCCGGUCAUCUUCAUCAGAGCCGUCCCCGUGGACAAGAGGGAGAGCAAGAGCACGUACCCGUGUCCCGUCUACAAGACCCGUCAGCGGGGACCCACGUACGUGUGGACCUUCAACCUGAAGACCAAAGACAACCCGUCCAAGUGGACGCUAGCUGGAGUGGCCUUACUCCUGCAGAUCUGACCUUAGUUUUAUUUAAAUGUCAAGAUGUUGACGGUGCCAACAGGGUCAAAUAUUUUAAUGAUUGAUAUUUUUAAGUCAUUCAAAACAUUUUCCACAGUGUGUGUGAGUUAUUACACACAAUGUGUGUAAAUACUGCUUAAAAAGACACUUAACUAAAGGCUAACCUUAUAAAAUAUACACACUUAAUCAAGUCAAUAAUAUCUUAAUAUCUGCACGUUUACCUCGGCAUAAAACAGACUUUUCUACCUGGAAAUUCCAGUUUUCUAACCGCUCAAUCUCCUGCACCAAACUCCAUAGAGAGAAUGGUCUACUGUAGCUUGUGAAGACACAGGACUUGUUGGUCUACUGCCUCCUCAUGUAGUGAGUUUGUGAUUUUAAACACCAAAGUCAAAAUAGAGCAAAGCAGGAGAGCGAAAGGUUUCACUAAGUAACAUUUUCUUACCACGAAAGUUGAGAUAAAGUCGUCAACUUAUUCUCAACAUAUCAUAGACAUGUGCUGGUGUACAUGAGCUGACUUUACACACGACGAUUAAUAACUUCUCUGUGGAGUUUGCUGCAGCGAGUGUCAAACUUAUGUUUCCAGCUUGAAAAAGGCUUUUUAACGUGGUGAUAAAGUAGCAAACAUAGUUUUUAUAUAACUUUUAUGAAGUAAAGUUUGUGGCUCACUGGAACUCACAUUGUGAGUCUGUGUCUGUUGCUAAGUUAUAAAAAUGCUAAUUUCCUGUAAGUGUCUGUGGUCUCAUGUAUGUGUGAGUCACUUUAUGAGGAGGUGUGAUAAAUCUGUAGCUGCUUGUUGUGGAAUAAAAAACACAGGGAAUGA